AAGAUUUUGCUCACCAAUUCUUCACCUCCACACCAUCUUUCGGUCUCGAUGUCUUCCUUUUCAACAAAAUGGAUGCCAAGAAUCCUAUUCUUCCUCUCAUUUAAUGCAGUCCCAUCACUCUCACGCUUAUUUUCUCCAAAAAAUCCGCACAAAGUAAUCUCUUUUUGACGAAAAGUGGAGGAUCAGAAGAGAGGGAGAAGAGAGCAGACUGAAGCCAUGGCCGUGGAUCCAAGCAUCGCGGCGCAGGCGGAGGCCGCGGCGCGCCGGAGCGAGGAGGCGGCGGAGGCCUUCUUCCGCGCCGCGCCGCCGCUCCGCGACCGCGACCGCGUCGCUGCCAGCCUCAACGACUUCGUCGCCCGCCACUCCGCCGGGAGCGGCGGUGUGGGAGGGCCCGCCGGGGUUAUCUGCAUCACCUCCGGCGGCACCACGGUGCCCCUGGAGCAGCGCUGCGUGCGCUACAUCGACAAUUUCUCCUCCGGCCAGCGUGGGGCCGCCGCCACCGAGUAUUUUCUCAAGGCAGGCUAUGCCGUCAUCUUCAUCCAUCGCCGUGGGAGCAAGCAGCCUUACUGUAGAUUUCUUCCAGAGGAUUCAUUUCUCGAUCUUUUUGAGCUUGGUGAAGACUCAGAAAUCCAAGUUCCCCAAUCUCAUUCCGCUGUGGUCAAGGCAGCUAUUAGCAAUUAUCGUAAGGCAAUUCAUGAAGGCCUGCUUCUGAAACUUCCUUUCACUACAAUUUUCGAGUACCUUCAGUUACUACAAAUGGUAGCAACUUCUAUGAAUUGCUUAGGGCACCGUGGAAUGUUCUUUCUUGCUGCUGCAGUUUCUGACUUCUAUGUUCCAUGGGAAAGCAUGGCCAAACAUAAAAUCGAGUCAGCAGUUGGCCCUUUAAACAUGCAACUCAAUCAAGUCCCCAAGAUGCUUUUCAUCCUCAGAAAAAAUUGGGCUCCUUCAGCAUUUUGUGUAUCAUUCAAGCUCGAGACGGAUCCCAACAUCCUCCUACAGAAGGCAGAGAUGGCUUUGAAAAAGUACGGUAUGAACGUGGUGGUUGCAAAUGAGCUUGCGAACUACAAAGAUGUAGUGGUCAUGGUCACAAGCAGUGGGAGGACGACUGUGAGCAGGAGCAGCAAGGAGGAAGACCUGGAAAAGCAGCUAACCGAGCUCCUGGUAAAGAUGCACUCGGAGCACAUCACGCAACCCAGUUCAUAGGACCAUCAAACCCACGCGAGCUGAGUUGGUUGCAUACCACAUGGUGAAGGCAGAGUAUCAGCUGUUUGAUUACUUCUCCUAUCAAGUUGCAGUGCCGCUCCUAAGUUUCUGAGGGCCCUCUGGCGAACUCGUCGCGAGGGCAAACUAUAUAUAAAUCUUAUAAUAUAUAUAAGCGCUAAUUUUUCUUGCAAAAUGAAAACAAAUUCAGUAA